AUGGAUGAGCUCUCCAAUGAAGAAUUGGAUAUGGGAACACUGUUCACCACUGUAAAUAUACUCCGAAGUCUUGGGAAUUCCAUAGACAUAUCUGAGCUCCAAAACUUAAAAGAUUCGAUAUCAAAUUGUUUGCUGACUCCUUCGUCCCUGAAGUAUAUAACUUCUGCCCUCAGCAACAAAUCCUCUGUCUUCUCCAUUUCUUCGAAAGAUUUUCUGGUAAGAGCUUUUGCAGCUUUGUCUUAUAAUACGAGGAUUUCCGGUACAAACUGA